AUGUCUGAUGAAAUUACUUUAUGUACUUGUCCUCGAUGUCGUCAGAAAAAUCCUCUUGGUGUAUCUAUAACCAAAAAGGUAGCCUUGAGCCAUCAACGAGCAUUUUUAUGGGCACAGCAACUUGAAGAACAAAUUGAUGAUAGUUAUAUCAAUUUUAAUACACGUCAUUUAAAAAAGAAAAAAAAUGAUGAAUUAAAUUAUAAAUUAAACUGUGAUUUAAGUAUAACAAAUAUUGAAGCAAACAAAUUCGAUGAAGAAAAUUAUAAUUUAAAUAUAACGAAUCUUAAACCAACCAAUUUUAAUGAAGAAAAUUACAAUUAUCAAUAUGAAGAAUACAAUGAUUUCAUAGAGGAAGCACAACAAUUAAGUUCAAAUUUAAGCCAAAAUUCAUCAAUUUAUACUGAUACUGAUAAUAAUAGUUCAGAAGCUUCAUUUAAUAGUCAAAAUGAUAUAGAAGAUUUGUAUCAAGAUUUCGUAACAGAAGAAUUUACAAAUGAUAUGCUUUCAAAAGAUAAUGAAGGUUGGUUAGAUUAUUUGUAUGAUGCAGGUAAAAGCUUGUAA